AGGCGGCAAAACAUCGCCGGUGCGCGCGCGCUCCCACUUUUUCUUAAGCUCCUCGCUCUUUUCUCUCUCUCUCCCCAACCGCCACUCCCGUGGCACGUGGCCUUCUUGCCUUCCGUUAAAAGAACGGAAGGAGGAGCUCUCGCCUCACCUGAGCUUCCAGAGAAACCCAGCCGAGCGCAAUCGCGUUCGGCUUGAGCGCUCACCUGGGCGCCGCGGGCGACACAUUGUUAGCCAAUCACAAUUUUCCUUGACCGCCGAUCUCGCGCGGGAGGCGGGGAAACGAAAAGGGGAGAGAGAGAAAAAAAAGCCACACAGCUAGGCGCGAGCGGCCAAGGUUGCUUUCCUCUCCCGCUGGCUGGUCGAGGCCACAGGUAGGCGAGGGAUCUGAACCGGGGAAAGAAGGUUUUCCCAUUUUGUGAACUUCUUUGUAUAAAAGAACAUUUUUUGAAGCAGUUCUAUAUGUCUACUCUCCAUGAUGACUUAUAUGAGAAUGCUACGGCGCUUCAUAAUGAAACAGUUUUCCCAGAAGAAACUUUGGAAGUUUACGUUCGUUAUUUUUGUCUUCUUAAUAAUUUUGGUUUUGUUACAACGAGAAGUAGGUGUCCAAGAAUUUAAUGAGGAACCUGGAGUGCCAUCUCAUGAUGAAAAGAAAACUGUAUUAGAUCUAGUGUUAAACGCUGUGAACAACAUUAAAGCUGCAAAACCAAAAAUGCAAAUUAAAGCACCUCUUAGGCAGACUCAUAAUGCUGAACAGAAGCACUGUUUGCCAGGAUAUUACACAGCUGCUGAAUUGACUCCUUACCUUGAGCGUCCCCCUCAGGACCCUAAUACUCCAGGGGCUUCUGGUAAAGCAUUCAAAAUCAUCAAUUUAAGCCCAGAUGAACGGAAAGAGAAAGAGCACGGUGAAGAAAAGCAUUGUUUUAAUGCAUUUGCCAGUGAUAGGAUUUCUUUACAUCGAGAUCUAGGACCAGACACACGACCUCCUGAAUGUAUUGAACAGAAAUUUAAGCGCUGUCCUCCACUGCCUACUACAAGUGUUAUCAUAGUGUUUCACAAUGAAGCAUGGUCAACUCUUCUGAGAACAGUUUAUAGUGUGAUGUAUACUUCCCCUGCAAUAUUACUGAAGGAAAUAAUUUUGGUAGAUGAUGCCAGUGUGGACGACUACUUGCAGGAUAAACUAGAUGAGUAUGUGAAACAAUUCCAAAUAGUUAAAGUUGUCCGACAAAAGGAAAGAAAGGGGCUUAUCACUGCUCGGUUGUUAGGUGCUUCAGUAGCGACCGGAGAAACCCUGACUUUUUUGGAUGCACACUGUGAGUGUUUUUAUGGAUGGCUAGAACCUUUACUAGCCAGAAUAGCUGAAAAUGAUACUUGUGUUGUAAGCCCUGAUAUUUCUUCUAUUGACCUCAAUACUUUUGAGUUUAAUAAACCUUCUCCUUAUGGUCAAAACCACAACAGAGGAAAUUUUGACUGGAGUUUAUCUUUUGGCUGGGAAUCUCUUCCUGAACAUGAAAACAGAAGAAGGAAAGAUGAAACCUAUCCUAUUAAAACACCAACUUUUGCAGGAGGUCUUUUUUCAAUAUCAAAGGACUAUUUUUAUAGAAUUGGAAGCUAUGAUGAAGAAAUGGAAAUAUGGGGAGGAGAAAAUCUAGAAAUGUCUUUCCGCGUGUGGCAGUGUGGGGGGCAGUUGGAAAUUAUACCUUGCUCAGUUGUGGGUCAUGUGUUUCGCAGCAAGAGCCCCCAUACUUUUCCAAAAGGCACUCAAGUGAUUACCCGGAAUCAAGUUCGCCUUGCAGAAGUGUGGAUGGAUGAAUAUAAAUAUAUAUUUUAUCGGAGAAACACAGAAGCAACAAAAAUUGUUAAACAAAAAUCAUUUGGCAAUCUCUCAAAAAGACAUGAGUUAAAACAGCAAUUACAGUGUAAAAAUUUUACCUGGUACCUAAGCAAUGUUUUCCCUGAAGCAUAUGUACCAGAUUUGAAUCCUACGUUACAUGGAUUUCUAAAGAAUGUCGGAAGAAGAGAUUGUUUGGAUGUUGGAGAAAAUAAUUUAGGCGGAAAGCCGCUGAUUAUGUACAGUUGUCAUGGACUUGGAGGAAACCAGUAUUUUGAGUAUACUGCACACCAUGAAAUUAGACACAAUAUUCAGAAGGAGCUAUGCCUACAUAGUUCUCAAGGAGUAGUACAACUUCAUGAGUGCGGUUUCAAAGGAAAGAACAGCAGGACUCCUGAAGAAGAGAAAUGGGAGCUUCGAAAGGACCAGUUGUUGUACAAUGCAGCAUUCAAUAUGUGCCUUACGGGAAACAGAGAACAUCCAAGUAUGGUAUCAUGCAAUCCCUCAGACUUAUUUCAGAAAUGGAUUUUUGCCCAUAACAACUAGGUGCUCCUAGUGCCAAUGAAACGAACAAAUUAGAAUUACAGUAGUUCUUCCAAGACUUAACCAAUUUACCUUAUGUUGAAUCAACUGAAUUAUAAAAUAUUUCCAAGGGUUUUUUCCCCACUGGCAUAAAUUUGAAGAACGUGUUAGUUUCUUAACUGUUAAAUAUGUUUACAGAAUACUGGAGAUUGCAUUUUCAGUAUACAUUUUAAUGAAAUGUCUGUCUUCAAAAUGUAAUUUCUUAUGUUUUGAUGAUCAAUGUGUCUAUCAUAUAUUUUACAUGGCAAAAGCCACACAGAUUCUUUUUGUUAGUAACUAAACAUAAUUAUCAAUGAAGGUUAAAAUAUUUUUUUAUGUAGUAGUUAGUAAAGAGUGCCUGAUAGAAGUUGUUUAUAAUUUUAAACUGUGAUUAUUUCCUUUUACUUUUCCUGUUCACUGCUUUAACUAUUUAGCAUGUCUAUAAUCUGCAAUCUAUGAUAUAUCUGUUUAAAACAUCACUUCCUCUGAAAGGAUUAAGUUAUUUUUGGAGUGUGAGAAUGAAACAAGUUCUGAACUUCUCUGUUGCCAUUUCACUGUGUCUUUGUUCACUAUGUUUGUAAGGGUUAAUUUUGUCUCUUUAAGAUUCUCAAACUGAUUAUAAAAGGCUUGCAUUGCUGAAAAAAGUGUCUGACAUAUCUUUUGAAAUUAUACACUACCAGUUUGAUAAUUAUAUUGAAAUAUAUUCUUUUUGUAUUAUGUACAAAUUAGGUUUCUGUAUUUGUAGUUUCUAUUCCUACCUCUUUAAUUCUCUUGUGGUAUACUGAAUCAAAUAUUAACUUUAUAUGAUAAAGGGCUAAUAUAAGAGCAUUGCAAGUCAAAUAGUUUCUUUCAUCAGAAGAAUGGAGCACUUUUUAUCUUAUUUGAGCCGCACAAUAUACAGUUAUUUCAACAUGCAGGAAAUUAUAGCUAAAUUAUAGCUAACAUAUACAGCUGCUCAAUUGUUCUGCUAUAUUGUUAGAGGCAAAUUGCUGAGAAAAGGUAUCAUUCAAAUGAGUUAUACCAAAA